UUCUAUCCUCUUAACCCCCCCUCUCUCCUCUAAUCCUCACACACGCACACACUCUCUCACCAAACUUUGGGAGUAAACCCUCCUAUACGUGGAAAAUCAUUCAUACUUGCUAACAAAGCCAUCACCACCCAAUAUAACAAAUCCACUCACCCUCAAUCCCUUUUCCCUUGCUCAUAACCACACCUAGGGCCAUUUUUUCAUGAAGCAAUGAAGGAUAGAAUGGAAAAGUUUGCUUCCUUCCCCUUCUCCGUUGGCUGCGUUUCUCAUUCAAGCGUUGAUGUCGUCGAGAACCAUCCGAAGAAAUCGCAGAGCGAAUCGAGUCCUACACCAACAAGCGAAGUCCAAGCAAAUGGGAGGAUGAGGAGUUCAUUCCUCCCUCUUCCAAAGCCAAACAUCUCUGCAGGGCUUCAGAAAGUGAUCAAGGGCUUCAAGAACUUAUCCUCUCUCUUCCAAUUCUACAAGGAGGAUGACGACGACGACGACGAAGAGAUCGAGAUGGAGAUUGGAUUCCCUACCGAUGUUCAGCACGUGGCUCAUAUCGGCUGGGAUGGCCUGAACAACGUGAACACCAACAUGAAGAGCUGGAAUAACUUCAAUAAAGGCCCAGAGUUAUUGUCUCUGCCAACAAUAUCCCUAAAGCAGUUUGAGCUUGCAAUGGCUUCACAAGCUAACAAUAGUCCCCAUUGAGCUGAGCUCUGAAUGAAGAAGAUUUGGUAUCAUUAUUUUUCUGUCAGUUUUCUGUAGCCUUUUGUUCUUCCUUGUGUCUUUUUCGGGUGAAGAGUGCAUGUGAACUUGUAUAGCCUUUCUCUGAUAUGGGAAUCUUCCAACAAUUUUUUUUUUACCUACAGACUGCUUUUGUAAACACAUGAUAUUUAGCUUGGUGUGUUUGACUGUGAGUGGAAGUAAAAGUGUAGGGAUUUGUUAGA